AUGGAUUCCAAAAAAAUCCAGUUUCUAGCAGGGUUAGUAGGAGGUGUAUGUCUAUCUUUACUAGGAUAAAAAUUAAUAUAACAUAGAAAAUAAAAAAAUAAAGAGUUUCUAAAGUAAAACUAUUAAGAAGAAGAAGAAUAAGAGCUUCUUAAAGAAUAAUUAGUAAGAAACAUAUAAUUUUUUGGUGAAUCACAAACAAAAAUUGAAAAAUCUCACAUUAUGGUUUUUGGUGUUGGUGGAGUAGGUAGUCAUGUUGUUUCUGCUAUAUCUCGUUCAGGAGUGAAAAGAAUUACAAUUAUUGAUUUUGAUAGAGUUACUCUUUCCUCUUUAAAUAGACAUGCUAUAGCUACUAGGAAAGAUGUAGGUAAAUCUAAAGUUGAAAUAUUCACUGAUUUUAUUGCACAAUUAAAUCCAACCAUUAAAUUAAAAACAAUUGAAUCCUACAUCACACCUGAAAAUAUUGGAAGUUUUUUUGAAGAAGAUAAACCUGAUUAUGUCAUAGAUUGUAUAGAUAAUAUUGAUGCAAAAAUUGCUUUAAUUACUUAUUGUGUUAAAAAUCAAAUAAAAAUUAUUGUUUGUUGUGGGGCUGGAAUGAAAUGUGAUCCAACAAGAAUACAAAUAAGAGAUAUUAGUGAAUCAUAAAAUGAUGAUUUAGCAAGAGCAAUAAGAAUGAGACUCAAAAAAUUAGAUAUUAGAACAGGAUUUAAUGUUGUCUAUUCAACUGAAGUUACAGAUAGAUAAUUAUUACCAUUAUAAGAGUAUUAUUCUUAUUAAUUGUUAUUAGACAUUAAAAAGGUGAUCCCGACAAAUUUAGAGUCAUGCCAAAUUAUCGGUUAAGAAUUGUACCAGUAUUUGGAUGUAUGCCAGCCUUAUUUGCCUAAGCAUUAGCUGCAUAUGUCUUAUGUGAUAUAGCCGGUUGUGCACCUGCUACUCUAUGCUAAAAUGAUAUUAAAAUGCCUUACUUUAUAUAAUAAAUUUAAUUGCUAGCUUAGUAAGCUAAAAAAAACAAUGUAGAUCUAAAUAUAGAUAUUGAAGAUUUAGUUGUGAUUUAUAAAGCAUAUAAUGGCUAAUGCUUAGUUAAAGGUAUAAUUAUUUUUUUUAAUUGUAGAUAAAAAAGCUAGACCUAUUGAAUUUAUUUAAUUUGAUAAAUCGAAAGAUAUAACCCCAAAAAAUAUAAUUUUGUUAUCAUCCGAAGAAGCUAAGAAGCACAAAGAAGGAAAAAUUAUCUAUACUUAAACACUUUUAGAUAGAAAAUUACAAUAUGACCAAUUGAUUUAAGAAAAUUUAGGGAAAAGAAUUAUUAUUUGA